AUGUUGGGUAAUUGUACAUCAGAAAGUACAAUGCGGUUGAUGCGCCGCAAAAAUAAUUAUGAACAACCAUCACCAUUUGUUGAACGGUGUAAUAUAUUUUGGGUACCAAUGCCAUUCACACUUGAAAAGUUCCAACAACCACAAUGGCCAUCUUCAGAACCUACUGUAGAUCAAAUUUGUAUGACAUUGGACGUUCUGGGUAAUAUUGAUUUUUAUUUCGAUGAUCACAGUCGUCAAUUGAUUAUCAGUUUUGGUAAUGCACUUAUGUUUCAUGUGUAUUCAAAUCAAAAUGGUGACCAAUGGAUCAAUAAUCGACUUGGAAAGUCACGUGAACACACCUACAGAAUAGCUGCUAAUAUUCAAUUAAUUGAAUUAGCAUUUGUUUUACUUGAUCAAUAUUAUCUCGAGCACAAGCAUUACAAUGAUCACAAAGCUGAUAAUUUGUUUCGUAAUCAAAUGAUUGAAUUAGCAAGUCGAAUGUUAAACAGAACAGAUUUAUCUCAACGUGUUGCACUCGAUAUUCAUUAUCAAGUAGUUCAAUCAGCUAUUAAUACAGUACUUAUGAAUAUUGCGCAAUACGAAUGUUUUUUUUCUGGUUACGGAUUAACAAGUGUCCACUUAAAUGCAUCCUAUUAUUCAAAUUUGUCAAUAAAUACAAACAAUCUUAAUCCAAUAAUGAAACCAACAUCAUCAUCAAAAAACACUCAGUAA